AUGAAUGUCGAACAAAUCGCUCUCCUUCUCAGAGUGUACGCACUACGGAAGCUGCAGGACUUUAACCUCUUUUCUCAUCUCUCAGCUCGCCUCAUCGCUCUGGCGCAAGCAUCCUCUCCUGAUGCCGACGGCGACGUCCAUCACGCUGCCGCUCCGCUUUCUUCGUUUCGCGGCGUAGAUUUGACGAACAUUCUUGUCGCCUGCGGUCGGCUUCUCUUCUCAGACAGGCGGAUUGCGGAUGAAGAGUUUUUUCGACUCGUUGCGAGAGCGCUUCCUCCCUACGUCUACGACUUGACGCCGAUCGCCUUGGCGAAUGUUUGCACAUCGUUUGCGAGCGUGGGUCUGUAUGAGGAGAAAUUGUUCGACGCAGUAACAGCUGAAGCAGAGAGGCGAAUCACGGAAUUCGGAGGCUGCGAGCUCCUCAGUCUUCUUCUUGGGCUCAGCAAAAUGCAAGCGGCUCUGCCGCCGCACAAGAAGCGCCGCGACGGACGCUGCCUCAGCGCUAUUCUGAGGGCGUUGCGGGGCCGCAUGGGGCCUUUCGGCUUUGUCCAGAAUCUACAGGUUCUCGAAUCGCUUGUGCUCCUCGGCCACUACGACUCUCUCUUCAUUCACACGAAAGUUCUUCCUGCUCUCCUGGCUCGACGGCCGACUCCUCCAGGAGGCCCGAGCGCGUUGGCGACGCCUCACGGAUCGGCAGCCGACGCUGCGGCAGCCGCGACUGCCGACAGUGUGUUAGGGCUUUAUCUGCGGGUACUGUGCUGUCUGUACCGUCUGCCCAACCUCUCCCAGACCGGAAUUCAGCUUCUUCAGGAAGUGGCGGAGCAGCUGCCUCGGUGCUUUCAGAGGACUCAGAUUGCAGGCAUGGCUGCCGCGCUUCAUCUGCUCCAUAAACUCGACUGCCUCGACUAUGACUGUUUUUCGAAGGCGGAUGCCAUCCUCUUAGCCGACAGGGUUGCGACGCUUCGUCAGCUGCGCUUCGCCAACAUCCUGCAACUGCGGGAUGCUUUCCGGGCUCUAGGGGAUGAGGAACACUGGGGAGAAGUACUAAAGUUUCUGGACGGUGUCGUCCACGAAACGGAGACUCUCCUCACCGAAGCACGCGGUGUGGACGACGCGCAUGAGAGAGAUGACGUGGCCGCGGUUCGAGGUGCGAAUAAGGGGGGGGGAAGCACGGCUCUUCAGAGGGAUUCUCCUCGUGACCAAACUUAUUUUCAUCACGAGGAUCACGACGAGCGAGACAGCAGAACGGGCUGCCGACUAGGCGCUGGGGCACAAGAAUCAGAUCGAGCGAGGAAAGGAGAGGGUGGCUCUGAACAGGACUUGCACGGACGGGAAGUCGCUUCUGGCGGCAGCGACGGCACACACAACACACGACAGUUCAGGGGCUCGACGCGAGAGGCAACUCCAGACUUCGCGCAAGUUUCCGAUUCGGAAAGCGAAUCGCACAGUCAGCUGGAGUCGAGGGCAGCUGACGCUCGUCAAUCAGUGCCGCGGCGGGAGGCUGUAGUUCAUGCGCACCAGUAUAGUCCAGAUGGCGAAUACACUUCACGGCCAGUGACCCUGGACAAGCACAUCAGAACAAAGAGGGUUCGAGCAACUCGGCGUGUGCAUGCACCGGCAGAAGAGGUGGAGUAG